AUGGCUAUUUGUCAAAUUUGCCAAAAAGGAUCUAAUAUUUUGUCACGAUAUGGGAUACUUUGUUGUAAUGCUUGCCAAUUGACUCAUCGUUAUCAUUGCGGCAGUAGCAUUAUGAUAAUCGAUCGUAUUUAUAACCAAGAACCAAACUGUCGAUACUGUCGUUUCAAGAGAAAUCUAGAAAUCGCGAGAAUCAAUGAUCCGAUCGACCCUGUUAUAGUAAUGUUGGAUGAUUUAUCAGCUCGUCACAAACACAGAGAAGCAGUCUUCCACAAAUAUCAUAUUGAUAGACUUGUCUCUAUUGAAGAAGCAUUAAGAGGUGUUCAAACCAAAUGCUUCGCAAAAUCAAAUCAAGAUUAUAAGUUAACUUUUGACGAAAGAUCCACAAUGAAUCAAAUCACAGUUAUCGGCUUUUUGAAGAAUCUGGAUAUGGUUCAAAGAUUAGGAGACGAGCAAAGGGAUUCCACAAAAUUUGUCCGAGGAGUCCGCUUCCGAUAUGCUAUCCUUGCAACUGCCUUCCGAUCAUACGAGACGAAAAAAGGCUAUCUGGCUAUUGCUAAUGGAAUCGACAUAUUCCCCGAUCUCACGAAAAUCCCGGAUGGAGUUUUUGAUCCCAAAUUUCUUGAUAAGAUCAGGUGCUUGUUGGUGACAAAACUUUCUGAGCUCAAAGUAACUCUCAACGAAUUUCUGAUCCUAUCCAUGAUUCUUAUUUGUGCAUCUGAGCAACAUAUUGAUCUAUCGGACAAUGGAAAGGAAUUCAUGAGGAGUCAAAUGAACUCUUACGGUGCAGCAUUAUCUCAACUUUGCAUGCGAAAUGAUCCGAAAAACGGACCUGUAAGAUUUGUCGAAUUAUUAUCAGUCUGUCAAGUCGUCGAGACAACCUAUCAACAUAUCGAGAGUUUUGCCCAGCUGUUCCGAAUGGCUGUUCCUGUUAUACAAUCUAGAGAACUUAUCAAAUUUGAAUGA